AUGGGUAAAUCUCGUGGUUACAGAUCUGGUACUCGUUACAUGUUCCAACGUGACUUCAAGAAGCACGGAACAAUCGCUUUGUCCACUUACUUGACUGUUUACAAGGUUGGUGACAUUGUUGACAUCAAGGCCAACGGUUCUAUCCAAAAGGGUAUGCCACACAAGUACUACCACGGUAAGACCGGUAUCGUUUACAACGUCACCAAGUCUUCUGUCGGUGUCAUCAUCAACAAGGUUGUUGGUCACAGAUACCUCGAGAAGAAGGUCAACUUGAGAGUUGAGCACGUUAAGCACUCUAAGUGUCGUCAAGAGUUCUUGAACAGAGUUAAGGACAACGCUGCUAAGAAGAGAGAGGCUAAGGAGAACGGUACUCAAGUCCAAUUGAAGAGACAACCUGCUCAACCAAGAGAGUCCAAGAUCGUCUCUGCCGAGGGUAACUCUCCUCAGACCUUGGCUCCUGUUGCUUACGAGACCUUCAUUUAA